AUGCUCUUCUGGCUGGUCGGUUUCAAUACGUACGGACUUAUUGCUAAGAUAGAGGGACACAUCGAAGGCCUGUUGAUGGAAAUUAACUUUGAUGGCAACCACCCUAUGUCAACGGGGAUCUAUCCUCCCUGCCCGCAUCUCAUCGCCGACACCCUUACUGAGACAUCUCUCUACGCGGCAAGCGUUAUCUACAAAUUGCGGCAUAUUAAUUCUAAAGAUGCCUUCUCCAAUUUCAACUUCAAAUAUGAAUACCGUAAGCUUCAUUACUCCCCCGACCCCGCCGGGCUCCUCUGCCAGCUGCGUGACUACACCUACGCCUGCCACCACCAGUUGGCGUUCCUCAAGUCGCAGUGUAAUCGGGACAAACUAAGCGGUGGGUGGAAGCAUCAUCACUAUGGCAGUGACAUCACUGCUUCCAAUUCCCCCCUCCAGGCGUUCCUGACAGACGGCUGGGAUUCCGACUUCGAGACGCACCUCUUCGACCCUUGCAACCUGUGCCUCAAGAGCAGGACCAGAAUGGGAUUUACGAGAGGGGAUUUGCCUAGAAUAUCGCAACAGGGCAGUGUCAUUUCAUCAAUCCUCACUCCAAGCUGCGGCGGUGAAAAUGAUUAUUCGCUACGCGCCAAAAAAUAG